AUGUUGAAAGAAAAAUCAACAUAUGAAAAGAUAAACUUGUCCUGUCAAGUCAAAGUUAUUUCCCCAUUCGAGCAUGUUUACAGAACCGAACGAAAACAUUGGCAAGGUGGUCAGCGGGGUGAACGAUGUCUCGCUCAGAUCAGACUACCUAGAGGUACGAGUGGGUACCGGUUAACAGGUCAAUUUGGGUUUCGGUUCAACAUGGCGGCUUUGCCACCCAGAAAAAAUACCACUCCCACAAAAAUUUCUAAACAGCACUUGAGUCCUCUUCAAAUUUUGUUGCAGAUGGGAUUCCCUAAGAACAGAGCGGAGAAAGCAUUGGCUGCCACGGGCUACAGAGGCGUUCAACUAGCAUCAGAUUGGCUUCUCGCUCAUGUUAAUGAUCCGACUCUUGAUGAUAGUUCACCCCGAGAGUACAUUCUGUAUGCUUGCCCGACUGGGCCAUUGCUUCAGCAGUUACAGAUAUUUUGGGAAAAAUCAUUAGCAGUUUGUGGUUGGAAUGGAGCACACAACUUUAUGCCCCACAUCACAUUGGUUUCUUUUUUUAAGGCUCCAGAUGAAUCUUCUCAGCAGCUUGGUAAAGCCCUAAAGCAAGUGAUUGAUAUGAUGCAAGUGGAUCUGGUGAAGAAAUUAAAACUUGAACCCUAUACCUCUCUUAAUUUUAUGGGAUUCUUUGUUGCGGAGGAGCAUGCAAACAUGAUCAAACAUAUUGCUAAGCAAUAUGUAAAAGAAGUUUCCUCUGCAAUUAUUAAUGAAAGUUAUGGUCACCUGGAAGAAGCAUUCACAGCUUGCUUUCCAUGGUGCACAGCUGCUACAAGCAGUCACCUCCCUCGGGGACUGUUCGAAUCUAUUUCUUUGGAGCCACAUGUAAAGUCACUCCAUCUUACUCUUGCAUAUCAGUUUCCUUCAUCUGACUAUCCAGCUCUGAAAGAACUGGUCGAUGAAUUGGACCCUUCAGCCCCUGCAGUUUGGGAAUUGCGACUUUAUUCUAGAGACCCCCGUAUAGCAAACAAACAGGUACACAAGGUGCUGUAUUCACAUGUGCCACGUGAGCCUGAUGAGUUAGAACUCAGAAUUGGAGACUUUAUUUAUAUGGGUCAAGAUGCCUUGGUGUCUUCACCAGAUGGUUGGGUUGAUGGUGUUUCUUGGCUGACAGGUUGUAGUGGAUAUUUACCUCAAAAUUAUACUGAAAGGACUGCAGAAUCUGAUGCAUGGACUCUUCAUAGAUCUGUUCCAAUUAACCAAGAAGAUGCUCUAGAUGGUGUGGAUGAGUCUGAUGGAAUUGCUGUUACUCGUCAACCUACUGUCUCGCUUCCCAGUCAGUCAUUUACCUCAGAUGGUAGGUGCAGUACUCCAAGUGAUAUCAUGACAGAUCCUCCAUCAUCUGUGUAUGAGAAUGUUGAAGAGUCCAAAGAUACUCAGGAAGUCCUGUCAGCUGAUGUCACGGACAGUGUGUCUUCUGAUAUCAAUGAUGAGGUUGAUAGAGUUUGGCAACAAUCCGAAGAAAAAGUCUCUCCUCGACAGCUACUUAUAAUGAGACAUGGUGAAAGAGUUGACUUCACAUUUGGUAGUUGGAUACCUUAUUGCUUUGAUGAAGCAGGUCGUUACAUGAGAAAAGAUCUCAAUAUGCCAAGAUCAGUGCCAAUUCGCAAGAGCGGACCUCAGGGUUUUCUGAAAGACUGCCCUCUUACAAAUGUAGGUAUUUUGCAAGCAGAACUCACUGGUGAUGCUCUCCGAGAAGCUGGGGUCAAACUGCAUCACGUGUACUGUUCACCUUCUUUGAGAUGUAUCCAAACAUGUACAUCUGUUUUGAAAGGAUUGGGACAAUUAGACACACCAAUUGCAUUAGAACCAGGACUUUUUGAAUGGUUGGCGUGGUAUCCUGACACAAUGCCAGACUGGAUGUCUGCUGAAGAACUAACAGCUGCAGGGUUCAACAUUUUAUCAGGUUAUGAACCAUUUGUGAAACUUGAAGAGCUGCAGGACAAACGAGAAAGUGUAGAACAAUUUUAUAUGCGUAGCCAUUACCUCACUCAAAGUGUUUUGGAAGCAACAAAAUCACAAGGGGGAAAUAUUCUUUUAAUGGGUCAUGCUGUGACCCUGGAAGUCUGCUCUCGUCAGUUAGUAGGAGGAGUAAUACGUUCAGGGCAGGAGAUGGCGCGUCUGAUUCAAAAGAUUCCUUACUGCAGUUUAUGUUUAGUUCAAGAAGAAUUUGUUUCAGAUGAUGAGAAUAGGAAUGAAACAGAGAAAGAGUCACAAUGGAAGUUGAAAGAACUCCCUCUUCCACCAGUGACUCACUCCAAUAAUAUGAGGUUUGAUUGGAAAGUUCUUCUUAUGUAGUCCUGGCAUAUUCAUUCAUCCUGCCGAGCUAAUUUCAAUGAUUCCAAAUAUUUUCUGUAGUUUAAGAUCUGCUGAAGACUUAUCUUUGCAUUUAUACAGUACUAUAGUAGCUGGAGUAGGAUUAAAACUCAGUCUACUUUAAAUCAGACAUGAUGUAUUCCCUCCUUUGCCAGGUAUCUUUUUUUUUUCUUUUAGAACAAUGCACAUAUAUUUUAAAUGUUUUCAUUUCUGGUCAAUAGUAUUUAUAAUGCCAUGUAGGUGGGUGUCAUAAUAAUGGUAACUAUGCAAGGUGGAUGGAUGAUAUACCACAGUACAUAUCAAUGUAAUUAAAAGCAACAAUGUUGCUUUGACACUUAAAAUUUAAUUUUGUUGUAGUUUAACUAACAGUCAUGUUUCUAUUCAUGGUCAUUGAUAACAAACAUUUAUGCAUUUGUUCUUUUUCUAAAGACCUUAUCAAAACUCCUGUUAUCUAAAAGCAUGUUAUGUAUUCCGUUUUGCUUGAGUACUUUGUUAUUCUUACAUGACCAUAAAAAUUGACUAGUAAUGAAUGUCACUUGCAUUCUGUUGACUUUGUACAAAACAUUUCCUACUUGACUGAAACUUAGUGUUAAAGAUGUAUGGCGGAGGUGUUAAAGGGCUUGUUAACUGUUGAUUAUUUGUUGUUAUGAAACUUGUUUGUUGUAGAAUUGUGCAGUUUGCUUUGUUAGUACCAUUUUGUAUGCCUAUUUAUUUAUUUGUAUCCGUUUAUUUAUUGAUUUAUUUAUUUUAUGACUCAUCUGUACAUAGUUAUAUGGGCAAUCCUUCAUUGCCCAGUUCUUCCUCUCUCACUUUGUCUGUUAGUACAACCUAUUUAUUGACCAUUGUUUUUCUACCUUCAUAUUUGUAAUAUGAAUAUUGCUCACAUUCCAUGUUUUUAAUGCACUUCCAGUGGUUUUCUCAUUAACCGGUGAUUGUUAGCUUGUCUAGAGCUUUGCAAGAAUCUAACGUGAUUUUGCUUUAGUAUAAACCUAUUUAUUUUUGGUAGCAAUGUAUCUUUUAUAUAUAUUAUAACAACUGUGAAAAACUACCUAUUUUUAAAACAAACUUUUCUACUUCUAGUCCUAGAUCUGUAAGGUAAACUAUCUUGAUAUAAAAAUCCCAUCUGAAAAGACUUCCAAAUCUUUUGUACUGUUGUUCCUUUAUUGAAUUGAAUUCCAAUAUGAUAUGUCUUGGGUUGUAAUGGUUGUUCAGUUUAAUAUUAAUUGACAAUAACUGGAAAUUAGAGAUUUAUGUGGUACCUGACUUAGUGGCUAUUAAUGUAGUCUUGUUUAGCGACAAAACGCUCCUCAAAUAU